UCCUCACUUAACAUUACCUUAUAAAUAUGGAAAACCCUUGUAUGGCGGCUGAGCAUAUCAACCAAAGGAAACAUCAUCUUCGCCGUCGCCAUCGAACCCCGACAACUCACAUCAUGUCACAUAUCACAGUUGAAAGGAACAGGAGAAGGCAGAUGAAUGACCAUCUCAAGGUUUUACGUUCCUUGACACCUUGCUUCUAUAUCAAGAAGGGUGAUCAAGCAUCAAUCAUCGGUGGAGUAGUCGAAUUCAUAAAGGAGUUGCACCAAGUUCUUCAAUCCUUGGAGUCACAAAAGAGGAGGAAAAGCCUAAGCCCUAGCCCCGGCCCAAGUCCGAAGCAACUACAGCCUAGUCCGCGACAACUAGCAAACGCCAACAGCAUCACGAACCACUCCUUUCAAUUUGAUUGUGGCAAGGAGCUAGUAGCAUCAUGCAAUUCACCGGUUGCUGAUGUUGAAGCCAAGAUUUCGGGUUCUAACGUUGUGUUGAGGGUCAUAUCAAAGAGAACUCAUGGACAAUUACUUAAGAUAAUAAGUACACUAGAGAAGCUUUCGUUUGAGAUCCUUCACUUGAAUAUUAGUAGCAUGGAUGACACUGUUCUCUACUAUUUCGUCGUCAAGAUAGGGCUAGAAUGUCAACUAAGCAUGGAGGAACUAGCAGCUGAAGUUCAGCGAUGCUUUUGCACCAAUGACACCAUCAAUAAUAUUACUGAGAUUUAGGGCAUAAUUAAGAAAAAUAGAGGAUAUUGUGGGUAGUGGCUUGGUUUUCAAUGCCAUUUCUUCACAUAUAGAACUAUGAUACAAAGUAUAAUUUUUAUUUAUUUAUUUUGGUGGAUGUGUGAGGGAGCUUCCGUUACAGGCCGUACUCGAUCAACCUUCAAAAAUAACAAUCCUUUCUUUCUAACUGAAAGGGCCACAAAUAGUCAAAUUUAUUGCUUAUGUAAUACAUGUAUGAGAUGUAACGAAGUUUUCAAUCCAAAAUCCUUGUUUAGACGUAUAUAACAAGAUCCAACAUUAAAUGUCUUUGUUUAUGUAAAUGUGUACAUAGCAAAGAUCAAGUUGAUCUGGUGAAGUAUCAAAUGUGAAUAUGGAACGGAGUACAAAGUGGUUUUUGUACUCCCUCUAAUCCUCUAAUCUAGAAUAAUUUACACAAUUUGACUUUUUACACUAUUCAUAUACAAACUUUAAAUAAAGUGUUUUUUUUUUUUUUUUCUAAUUUACUAUAAACAAAUGUUUUCCAUAUAAAAGAUUGUUAAAUUGGUAUAACG